AUGUCGGACGAAGAAAAGCAAAAGCAAGAUGGACAAGACGUCAGCCGAGAGGUCUAUCCAGAGAUGGACCUAGAUAGAGACAUCGUCGGAUGGGAGAGCCAAGAUGACCCUUUAAAUCCGAGGCGAGUAAUCCUCUCUACAGCUUGUAGAGCCCUGACUAACAGUAAACAAAAUAGGAACUAUCCUUCAUCUCGAAAAUGGUUCCAAUUGGCGACUGUUAGUGUCAUCACCUUCAUCAGCCCAUUCGCAUCAUCCGUAUUUGCACCUGGUGCACCUCUUGCCAGUCAGGAAUUCGGAAAUACAUCUUCGAUUCGUAGCUCGUUCGCGGUGACGGCUUAUCUAUUCGGCUAUUUUAGCGGUCCAUUGCUACUGUCUCCCUUGAGUGAGAUGUUCGGUCGUCGACUCACAUUGAACGUUGCAACCUCGAUCUUUGUGUUAUUUCAGAUUGGUUGCGCCCUCGCUCCGAAUCUCUCGGCUUUGAUCGUCUUCCGAUUUCUAACCGGAUUUGGAGGUUCAGGCUGUCUCACCAUUGGAGGAGGUGUCGUUGCUGAUCUCUUUGAAGCGGAACAACGAGGCCUUGCGUUGUCCUUCUUUCAAUUCGGCCCACUUUUUGCGCCCGUUAUAGGGCCAAUCUGUGGAGGGUUUAUUGCCCAACGAGCGGGAUGGCGAUGGAGCUUUUGGGUGUUGGUGAUCGCGGGGGGAACAUUGACACUGCUCGUUAUGAUAACGAACCGAGAAACGAAUCCCGCUAUUCUCAUCCACCGCAAGACCAAAGCCCUUCGCAAGAAACUCGAGCGUCCCGAGCUUCGCAGUUGUUAUGACAAAGAGGGAGGGGCCCGCAAACCACUGCACAUUCUCCUCACAACUUUCACCAGGGUCUUCAAGUUAUUGGCUAGCUCGCCGAUUGUAUUUCUAUUGUCACUGUAUAUUUCGGUAGUGUACGGCUGCCUCUAUCUUCUCUUCACCACCAUCACAACGGUGUUUGAAGAUCAAUACGGUUGGAGCGUAGAGAUGAGUGGUCUCGCGUAUAUUGGCCUGGGCCUUGGCUUUUUUGUCGGCCUGAUUGUCUUUGCCUUUUGCAGCGAUCGCAUGAUGAUCAGGCUGAAGAUGCAAAACAACAAUGUUCUGGAACCGGAAAUGCGUCUCCCACUCUGCCUCCCCUUUGCACUGUUUGUCCCAAUCUCAUUCUUCUGGUAUGGUUGGUCCGUCCAGGUUCGGACGCACUGGAUCGUUCCCAUAAUCGGCCUCUUCCCUUUCGCCUUCGGCUUGAAUGGUCUCUUUGGCACAGUCCAGGCGUAUAUCAUCGACUCAUACCCGCGGUAUGCGGCAUCCGGCGUUGCCGCAAUGACAGUUACUCGCUCACUCUUCGGUGCGCUUUUGCCGCUGGCUGGGCCGCCGAUGUACAAAAGUCUCGGGUACGGCUGGGGGAACUCCCUCUUAGGAUUCGUGACGCUAGGGAUGGCCUUAUUGCCGAUUUUCUUCAGCCGCGCCGGUGCAUCUCUUCGGAAAAGGUUCACCGUUGAUUUAGAAUAG